AUGGCAUCGACUCGAGAAGCUCUGUCUCGCCGGGGAUGCGUGGCAGAGGAGGAGCUAUUCUUGAAUGGAUCUAUGAAGCUCAUAGACACUUGCGAGAUCGCUAAGGAUGUCAUCUCGAGGCUAAGAGAACACGUGGCAGCACUUCAGUCUGCGAUCCGCAGGAGAAGGAAUGGCGAAUCCAGUUUGGAAUUUUCUGUUUCUGACUACAUUUAG